GAAUAGAGAAAUCUUAUGUUCUGUUUCUUUCCUACAGCUUCAUGGGGAAGAUAUAAAUCGAUAGUGAAUAAACACAAACCCUGGAUUGAGACAUCGUACCAUGGAAUCAUAACUGAAAACAACGACACUGUGAUUUUGGACCCUCCCCUGGUUGCUUUGGAUAAAGAUGCACCUGUUCCCUUUGCAGGUGAAAUUUGUGCUUUUAAAAUCCAUGGGCAAGAAAUGCCCUUUGAGGCUGUUGUGCUGAACAAGACAUCUGGAGAAGGUCAGCUUCGAGCAAAGAGUCCCAUUGACUGUGAGCUGCAGAAGGAAUACACAUUCAUCAUCCAGGCCUAUGACUGUGGAUCAGGACCAGGUGGAACAAACUGGAAGAAAUCUCACAAGGCAGUAGUCCACAUCCAGGUAAAGGAUGUCAAUGAGUUCUCCCCAGCAUUCAAGGAGAGCAUAUACAAGGCCUCAGUGACAGAGGGGAAGAUCUAUGACAGCAUUCUGCAGGUGGAAGCCACAGACGAGGAUUGCUCCCCCCAGUACAGCCAAAUCUGCAACUACGAGAUUGUCACCACAGAUGUUCCCUUUGCCAUCGACAGGAAUGGUAACAUCAGGAACACUGAGAAACUGAGCUAUGAUAAACAGCAGCAGUAUGACAUAAUGGUCACAGCUUUUGACUGUGGGCAAAAGCAUGCAACAGAAGAUGUCUUGGUACGAGUUAAUGUCAAACCCGUGUGUAAACCAGGCUGGCAAGACUGGAACAAACGGAUUGAAUAUAGGCCUGGAUCUGGCAGCAUACCCUUGUUUCCCAGCAUCCAGCUAGAAAUGUGUGAUGGACCAGUGUCCUCAAUCCACACCACCAUUGAACUGCAGACCAAUUACAUUGGAAAGGGCUGUGAUCGUGAAACCUACUCUGAAAAAUAUCUGCAGAAAUUAUGUGGAGCUUCCUCAGGUGCCAUUGACCUGUUACCAUCUCCCAGUACAACAACCAACUGGACAGUUGGGCUCCUCAUAGAUAGCAAUGACAUGAUUUUUAAAUUUGAUGGAAAGCAAGGAGCCAAAAUCCCAGAUGGAAUAGUCCCGAAAAAUUUAACUGAUCAAUUCACCAUCACUCUGUGGAUGAAACAUGGACCUAGUCCUGGAUUAAGAGCUGAGAAGGAGACUAUUCUCUGCAACUCUGACAAGACAGAGAUGAACCGGCACCACUACGCUCUCUACGUGCACAACUGCCGCCUUGUGUUCCUGCUGCGCAAGGACUUCGACCAGGCUGACACCUUCCGCCCCGCCGAGUUCCACUGGAAGCUCGACCAGAUCUGUGACAAGGAGUGGCACUACUACGUGGUCAACGUGGAGUUCCCCGUGGUGACGCUGUACAUGGACGGGACAACGUACGAGCCGUAUCUGGUGACCAACGACUGGCCCAUCCACCCCUCCCACAUCGCCAUGCAGCUCACAGUGGGGGCUUGCUGGCAAGGAGGUGAAGUCACCAAGCCCAGGUUUGCUCAAUAUUUUCAUGGCAGCCUGGCCGGUCUGACAAUACGACCAGGGAAAAUUGAGAGCCAGAAAGUGAUUUCCUGUUUGCAGGCCUGCAAGGAAGGUCUCGAUAUUAAUUCUCUUGAGAGUCUUGGCCAAGGAAUAAAGUAUCACUUCAAUCCUUCCCAGUCAGUCCUCGUCAUGGAAGGAGAUGACGUUGAGAAUAUAAAUCAAGCCCUCCAAAAGGUCUCAUACAUCAACUCCAGACAGUUUCCUACUGCAGGCGCACGACGUCUCAAAGUCUCAUCUAAAGUCCAAUGUUUUGGUGAAGAUAUCUGCAUUAGUAUCCCAGAUAUAGAUGCCUAUGUAAUGGUAUUUCAGGCCAAUGAGCCCAAGAUUACCAUAACUGGGAUGGACCACUUUGCUAGACCAGCUGCACAGUUUGAAAGUGAAAGAGGUGUUAUUUUGUUACCUGACAUCAGGAUUGUCAGCACAGUCUCUAAAAUGGAACAUUCAGCGGACUUAAGAGAAAUUGGCAGAGCCAAUAAACAAGUGGCAGUAAAGGAAAUGCUCCACAACUUGGAUUUCUGUGAUGUUUUGGUCAUUGGUGCAGAACUAGACCCUGAACAAGAGUGUUUAGAACUAGAUCAUGGGGAGCUUCAAGGAAAACAUCUAGAUGCCACAAAUUCCACUGCAGGAUAUUCAAUCUAUGGCGUGGACAGCAUGUUCAGCUACGAGCAGGUGCUGCGGCAGCUCCGCUACCGCAACUGGGGCACCUCGGCCACCUUGGAGAGGAAGUUCAGGGUCAAGUGCUCCGAGCUCAAUGGGCGUUACAGCAGCAAUGAAUUCAACCUGGAGGUGAGCAAUGAGUUCAGCUUGGAGGUGAGCAGGGACUUCAACCUGGAGAUGAGCAAUGAGUUCAGCCUGGAGGUUAAUAUUCUACACAGUUCCAACUCCAACUUCAUGGACCAUAUAAAUCACAUUAUAUUCCAGCCCAAAUUUCUCCAAUCUGUUCAGCACCCUGAGGGGAGUGUAAGUCCAGUUCACAGCUCAGUGGUUCCCAGCGUGGCCAUGAUCGUUAUCAUCAUCUGUGUGAGCAUCCUGGUGUUGGUGGUAACAUUGGGUGUGUUCCAGCUAUGCUCAGCCCGUCAACACAGCUCCAUGGGGCACGAGGGAACCAAGGAGAUCGAGAUGGACUGGGAUGACUCUGCUCUCACCAUCACUGUCAACCCCAUGGAGAAAUAUGAAAAGCCACACCAGACAGAAGAGGAGAGUGAGGAAGAAGACAUAGAUGAUGAAGAGGAAGACACAACCAGUGCUGAAUCAGAUGACAGUGAAGAGGAGGAAGAGGAGGAAGAGGAGAAAGUGAUUGUCCAAAAGGGAGACAAACAGAAUGCCACUAGGCAAGAGCAGUUGGAGUGGGAUGAUUCAGCACUUCCCUAAUAACAAACAGCCCUCCAGCCACAGCUCUUUUGUAAAAAACCAAUACAAUUUUUCAGAGUCUAUGAAUUCAUUGAGAGUCUAUGAAUUCAUUGAGAGGAUUCAUUGCUUGCCUAUAACUAUUUUGCCUAAAAUGAUCUUGUUGUACUAAUUGAUAACAAUAGAACUGACCUGUUUCUUACAAAGCCUGGGGAAAAGAUGGUACAAACCUCCUGGCACACAAACUAAUAAAGUAAUCCAGAACUUGAUUUGUUAGCAAGCAUACCCUGCUUCUAACAAAGCAAGGUAUGCUUGCUAACAAAUUUUGUUUCUACCCUGCAGAUGUGUGACUAAAGUCCUGUCACUCAAUCCAUACAAGUUUUUGCCUUUACUACUUUUUUCACACAGGAGAGGUUUCAGCUUGUUGUGUAGAAUAACUUCUGUGGGUCCAAAUACCAGUUGCCAUAUAACUUCACAUUUUUACAGGUGUAAAAAAACCUAAAAUCUACCUUCAAAUUGGGGCAAGGCUUUAGUGCUACAGGGGCUAAAUUUCACCUGUCAUCUCGUCCUGCCUUUUGGAUGUUAACUAUCUUCUGCAAGGGAAUAUCUAGGACUUGACAGGGGAUGCAUGUGUGCUUAUGUAGACUAGGAUGGUGUAUUUUUUCAGGUAUGCUGUCAGACCCUCAAGAGAGAUAUUUUUAUCCUAUCUAUCAAUUGAAAUUAAAAACAAAUUUAAGAAAAACAGCAACAAGAAAGGGCUGAUGAAAGUUAUAAAAAAAGCCUCCAGUCUGUGUCCACAGAUGAGUAAUAUGGUCAUAUGCAAACUGUAAAUUCUAAUGGGAUUGAUUCACUGAAAAUAUGUAGAGCUGCUCAUUAGUUAUGGAUUGAGCAAUUUGCAGCAAAUCAAUGCUUUAAACUGUCUAUUUUAUGGAACCAUUAGCUUGCUGCAGCAUCCUACUGAACUAGUGGAAAAUAAGUGACCCCAUUAUUCCAUAGCUAUGUAUGGCUGGGAUUUAAACAAUUAUUUUAGAUGAGGAAAACGUUCCCUUUUGCUUAGUGAAUGCCAUCUGGAAUUCCUGUCUGACUAUAUAAAAACAUGAUGCCCUAUUUCUUCUGUAUGCCUGCCUGCCUGUAGUGCACAAGAGAAAGGAAGCAGACUGUGAGCCCUCUUCUAUGCUCAUAAUUCUACCUUAUUUCUUCUGCCUGAAGCCAUUAAUGUUGAGAGAAGGUUUUAUAAAGAAGACAAGGAAAAAUAAGCCUACUUGGAACCAAAAUAGUUGAAAACAAAAACUAAAAUCUUAAGAGAUUGAGAGAGCAUUUUAGUUUGUUAUGGCAACACAGAAUAUUUUUCUUAAACACUGUUUAAAAAGAAAAAAAAAAAAGGAAAAAUCAGAGCUACAUAUACAAUGUGUUGAUUAAUCUGUGUGGUGUGUUUUUUGUCUCCUUAAGUACCUUUCAACUGCUCUGCUUACCAAAUGCUGCAGCACUUGCUGGGGUAGCUGCUCCAAUGCAUAGAAAGAAAAUGGUAUGGAAGUGAAUGCUGCUUAGUGGCUUGUCUGGGUUAUUUUCCUGAGUAUUUUGUUUUCUUUGCAAUUUCAUCUUCGACUUUUGCUUUUGUAAUCCGGUGUUUAAAAUGAGCUGCUUCCUCUUCUCUACUCUCCCAGUCAGUCUUGCCACAACAGGACCUUCCUGAACACCCUGAAUGGUGGCUGAUGUUGCAAAGGGUACUUGGAGUAAUCUUAAGGGUACCCACCUCCCUCAGUACUGACUUAUUAACAGCUCCUGAAUGUCGUGGGAUAUAGGAAAUAAAUAGUGUGCUUAGGGAUUUUUAUAAUUCAAUUUUCUGCAUUUAGUAGCUGAAGGGAAAUACUGACAGCAACUAGGCCCUUUAGUAGAAUAUCUAGAAAGUAAAUGAAAGAAGAAUAUAUAUUAAUUUUAAAAUUAGAUAUUCAUGCUUUUAUUUGUUGUGCCAGCAAUCACGUCACAUGGCUGUUAAGACUGGCAAUACAGCAGAUUUCUUUUGUUAUAAAUCCUGUUUCAUUUUAUUCUGUCACACAUAUUAAACUUAAAAGAAUAUGUGCAGAAUCAAGGCCAUAUAAGUACAUUUUAUCUGCCGGGAUAACAACUUUAAGUAUGACCACAAUUUCUGUUUAAUACAAAAUUAAUAUUAAUAUUUCUGAUUAUCUUGAAGAAAAUGUUAUGUUAGAUCAGUUCCUACCAUCCUAGUGUCCUAGAUAAUUUCCCAGUUUUAAUUUUUUAGUGACAUGAAGGAGGCUCUUCAUGAUGCCUGUUAUCAGCACAUAUCACCGAAUCUUUCUACUCAGAAAAAAAAUUUCAAAAUUUAAUGUAGAUAUUUAAAAGUCAAUUUCAGAUUUUAAACUGGACUUAAAUUAUUUUAAUUUUUUUGUUAUUCCUGAUUAUUGUUAUUAUAAUUGUUGUUGUUGUUGUUGCUGUUAUCAUAGCAAAUAUUAGGGCAAGUUGAAAACAGCAAUUUACAACCUUAUUGACAGUCUUUAAUUCUUUUAUAUGUUUGUGAAUUCAUCAGUGUGUUUCCCCAUGUAAUCUUUUUGCUACUGGAAGCACAUCUUUUCAGGUUGUACUCGUACAUUACACAAAAAGGAAACAAAGUAUUUUCUCUACUGUAAAUAAAUCUACAUUUUUAAACCUAAGCAAAGUCAUACAGGCAUGUGUGUUAUCACUAAAACUUGGUUUGCAGUAAUAUAUUCAGCAAACUAAAUGCAUCAUUGUACUUAUUUUAGAUUACACACUGGAGUGCAUUACGCAGCAUUUUUCAUUCAAAUAAGCAGAAACAUCCUUUUCACAGAAUGGCAGUGAGAAUGAGGUACUUCUUCACAAAAUGGGCCCUAGAAUAUUUGUAUACCACUGAGAGCAGUGGUUUCCUGAGCAAAACUGCUACUAGAAAAAUCACAGAAAUAUCAAUUUUUCUAAAGCAAUUCUAACAAAAUUGCAUCCCCCCCAAAAAUAUAUUAUGUCCUGAAGGCACAGAACAUAACAUCAAGCAUAAACAGAACACACGAUUGGAGAUACAAGCACCAUAAUGUCACCCUAGGACAAGAACCUACUUGUUUAAAAACCAACGAGAACAUAUACACAAAUAUGUACAUAAAGACACACACGUGGGUUUUUUUUGCCCCUAAUCAAAAGCCAAAAUUCUCUCCUUUUCCCCCUGAAAAAAAGUGUUUAGAACUGUAAAACCAUCCAGUUGGAAAAGACCUCUAAGGUCAUUGAGUACUGCCAAGCCCACUGCUAACAUGUUCCCAGGUCCCCCAUUCACAUGUCUUGGAAUUCGCCCAGGGAUGGUGACUGUUCAUUGCACUGGACAGCCUUGUCCAAUACCUGACCAUCCUUUCAAUGAGGAAUUUUUCCCCAAUAUUCAAUCUAAACCUCCCCAGCACACAACAAGGCUGUUUGCCCUUGUCCUAUCACUUGUUACUUGAGAGGAAAAACCAACUCCACCUGGCUGCACUAACUGCUGUGUAGGCACUAACUGCUACAAAGAAAUAGAAUUUUGCCAGCUCUUCUGAUAACUACGUCUCAGGGAAUUGGAGAGAGUAAAAAAGGCCCCUCCUGAGCCUCCUUUUCUGCAGGCUGAGUCCCACCAGCUCCCUCAGCUGUUUCUCAUCAGCCUGGUGCUCCAACCCUUCCCCAGCUCUGUUCUCUUCCAAGUGCUCAUUGCAGCCCACCAGGGUCUGUCUUGUGGUGAGGUGGCUUCUUUACACAAGCAAUAAACAAGUCUAUCCAAAGAAAGCAGUUCUGAAGAGGUACCCACAAUUCAUGGCACCAGGAAUUCAGAGGUGACAACACAGGUCUAAAAUGACAUCACAUCAAUGAUCCCUUAAAUUUUUGGAGUUCUAAUCUAAGGCUGGGGAAAGCUGUAAAACCUACAAAUGCAAACUGAAGAUGUUAUCUGAAUUAAUGUAACUGCCUAAGUGGCUAUUUGUGAUUAAUAGCUUCCAUUUCUCUUUCAUUUCUACCCCCUCCACAGGUAUUUUAUCUUUGCAAGUAAAUCUUAAAAUGCAGUUUAGAUUAAUAUCAAUAUUUACUGCAUUGGCUUACACAUCUAGAAAUAAACAUAAGGUUUGUGACAUCUUCAAUACUAAUUAAAAUAAACUCUUGCUAUUUUUUCAUUCCAACAGGUAAUACCUUGCAGUGGUGGUGGGACUGCUUUUUACCUCACCAGAGGCUAAUGAAAGGGAGCAGUUUAUUUUUCUUUCUGGCAUAUAGUGGUACUGAGCUUGCUGAGCACCAUCCUUACUCCAUUCUGGAACAAAGUAAGGCUCAGAAAGGAUCAGAGAGUUCAGAGCUGUGGUUGAAAUCUACUUUCUCCAUUGCAGGAGCUGUCCCUGCCUGACCCUAAACUAAGAAUUCAAAAUAAUUCAAAAUAAUGCAAUGGGAAAUCAGUAGCCCCAGGUGAAGGAUGGGCAGAGGGUAAUGCAGUAGCAGCCUUUACUGCACUGGGGCAAAGCCUUUUGAGCUUUGAUAAAAUAUAAAUAAUAAAUAAUUUGUGUCUCAGCUGUCCCUUUCCGCAGCUUUAACCUCAGAGGCAGCUUUACUUUUCUCCCUGGUAGGGGUCCUAGUGCACUGGGACCCAACACUGCCUCUUCUCAAAGUUUUGGUGCCAGUACCCACAGCUCUCCAUCUCCACAGAACAGCACCUGGAAAGACUUUACUGGGGUGACAGCAGGUAAAGGUCUGGUGGGAUGGGGCUGCUCCUGGUACCCUGGAGUAGAAAUUAUAGUACCAAAAUUAAGGAUAUUUGCAAAAGCAUAUGGUUACUGAGAGAAGGGAAGGAAGCAAAACUGAAUAUAUCUUCUCUAAGGGGCUUCCCAUUCCCUUAAUUCACACAUGCUGACCAGAAUAAAUAUCUCAAAACUAGGAUAUCCCCAGUCUCAGAGGGUUUAUCAGGUUUUAUCAGGUUCUGCAUUGAGAACUGCUUUCUUCCUUUAAGCAACUGCUUAAAGUAGUUCUACACCAAGUGAGUAAAUCUAAGAAGAUAGGAGAAAAAACCCUAAAUGACAAAACAUAAAUAUCAAAAAGAUUGCCAAAGAAAUCAAACCACCUUCUAAGUCACUAAAUUCAUUCCUGUUGGUUGUACAUAACCCGGUGCUGUAUAAUCUCCCUCAUGCUCCAGUCAAUAUCACCAUUGGCACUAGGUUCUCUCUCAGCAGAGCAGAGGAAGCUGCCAGGCCUUGUUCCUGCACAGUCUUGCUGCCCCCAGAGCCUGUCCAGCUCACAGCAUUCCAGUGCCACUGCAAACUGCCAUAAGAACAGUAGCCAGCCCAUUCCUCAAAGACUUUGGUGCUUCCAGAGAAACCCACAUACCCAUGCACCAAAUCAUUACACUUUGUAAUAUUUUCUACAGCACCCAGAAGCUGUGGUCCUGUACAAUAUUUGUACAUUUGGGUCAUUUUUUUUUUUUUUUUUUUUUAAUAAAGAAAGGCAUAAACAAGCAAUAUGUGAGAUGUUAUGUAAACUGAAAUGGAUCAGGUUCCCUAAAGCUGCAUGUCUCAGAUUGUGUAUCCAGUGAUCAGACUUCUGAUUGCUAGACUCUCCUGGAAUCCAACUUCAUUUUUGUUAGCAUGAAGAAUAAAGAUACAAAGAAUAGAGAUAGCCACUAAAGCUACUGCACAGCAAAAAUCAUACUCUUUUAACACACCCAGUCUCAAGAAAUAUUUCUGCUAAAUAUAUUGGGAAAAUUGCUCCAGUGAUCUCUCAUAAAGUAAUUAUAAUUCAUCACCUUUGUAGGAUUAGCAAGGUUCAAGCCUGGUAUGUUCUUUCUGAUUUUGGUUUUCUCUGAAAAAGACAUGGUCACAAAUUAAAAAUACACAACACUUGAACAGUGCAAAAACGAAAGGGGAGCAAGGGCUUUAAUUUCAUAAGCCUCUGUCUAAGAUAGGAGUUUAAAGUAAUAAAACAACUGUAGCCCUCAUUAUUGAAACUUAGCAGAAUAAAAUGAACCCAGGAAGUUUUGUAUGUUCAUAACUUCAUUCCUGGUGAUGAAAAGGCAGGCACCAGAGCAGGUACACUUUUUCCCUAGAGGCAUUUUGCUGCCUUUGGAGUAGGUAUCGCCAGUGGUUUGCUCGUUAUGGUUUCCAUGUCUCUGCUGGCAACAGGAACAGUGCUGCUAGAAUCCUUUGGAAUAGCCCUGUUAAAGAGCCUGGUGGUGAACCAUAAUUCAGUAAUUCUCCUGCAGCUCUGCUCCCAGCCCUCCAUGAUGAAGACUCCAAACACAUGCAGAGGGAAAGACACAAUGGUUACAGUGGAGAGCUCUGGGCUGGUGCUUUAUUAGUUACUGCCUCUAAAGAAACACACUCAGCAGCAUGAAGCACUGCAAAUGUGUGAAACAGAGUUCAGGAAAAGCCCUCAUUCUUAUUUUGAGUACUAGCUCAUGGGGAAAUUGUGCAUUCAUCAGCUGUUGAAGCUCCAUGCCCAUGUACUGUCACUAUUUAUGUCUGUGCUGAGAACAAAAAAGCAGCAGUUUUUUUCCCAGUUAAGUACAUUGUACAAUAAAAACAUUCAGCUUUCCCCGGGAAAGGUGCACAAAGCUUGCCACAUGCAAUGAGAAGAAGCUUCCAAAUAGGGAACAAAGAUUUUGCAAUGGUAUUCCAUCCUUAUACUUCAGAAACCGAGAAAAUUUCAUCGAGUAAAAUGCUUUUCUGCAGCCCUAUUCCUUUUGUGUAAAUCUGGAUACAGUUUUGGGUUUUCAGAGGCAUUUAACUUCCCACCUGGGUAUAAAGUUCUUUUCAGGUGUCCUUUCGUGUACUAACCCAUAAAACUAUUUUUGGCUGAAGGUUUCAGGAUAUACUAAGGGGGGGAAAAAGCAAAAAGUUAUUAAAAUUACAAUGUCUUUUUUUUUUUCUACUCCUGCCUAACCUAAAUAUAUAAACAGGUACAAAAGACUUGAUCAGACAACCCUAGCCAAGUCUGUGACUACAAUGACAUUUCAAACCAGUACUGAAAUUGGCAAUAAAUCCUUGUCUACAAACUGCUUAAUGUAUGGUAGAGGAGAAGGUGGACAGUUGUUUUAACUGGGAAGCUCUUUAGAAUGUGGAAUGGAUCAACUACAGUCAGUUCCACUAGAAAAUCAAAUUAUUAUUUAAGGAAGAGUGAACAGGAAAGCAGAAGAGAAUACUGCAUGAAUAACAGAAAGAGUUUACAAUUAUGUGAAAAAAGUUGAAAUUCAAUCUCGUAGAAAAGAAAGAGACAUAAAACCUUGAGUGUCAAAUAGUAAGAAAAUUGAAACAUUUUCUGUUUCCAUGCCAGAACUGACACUGUCACGAUGAACAAGAAAGAGAAUGAAUGUCAGAUGUCAAAGGGUUCCGAGAUGACCAGACAUAGAUGCGAUACACACAUAUGUGUGUUGAAUACAUAUACAUAUGUGUGUACAAGAAAAUCACAGAAUGGUGCCCAAGGGGAGGUGGUGGCUGUUAUGAUGAAGGAGAACUUGCAGAUUUUUAGCUUGGUUGAUGCUAAAGUUGCCUCCUUGAGUUCCAGUUACAGCACCUCCAGCAGAGCUGGGAAGGGAGCAGGGCCGUGAGAGGUGUUGCUACACUGUGUGUGCAUUAAAUAGAAAAAUUUAGAGCCAAGGCCAGCCCAGGGGGAUUGGGGCAAACAUUCUGUCUGCUGUGACUUGAGUCUGAGGGUACAGUUUACCACACAGUUUAAUUUGAGGUAAGAAAUUGACCUUUUGCCCACAGAGUUGUUGAUUAGUUUUAGAGAUUUUCUACAACAAACAUACUCUAUGGGUUGAUGAGGAGCUGGAGACAGACAGACUAUAUUCCAUACUGAAAAGGACCUCAAGUAAACUUUUUGUGGUGAUACAAUCUCCUAAAUGGCCACACAGUUAGGAAUCCUGAUUUUUGAAAAUAUACAUAAUAUAAAACUUUUUAAGGAUAAUGACCAUGUCUGUGCCAAUCUGAGAGGUGAAGUUAUUGCCUUCAUUCUCAGAAUCAACUACUGGCACAUUUAUUUUUGGCCUCUCCACAAACUGAUAAAAAAAGUGUGAGGUACAUCUGAAAAGAGAUGGGGUUUUUGUACGUAUUCUGUUACAAAUACUGCACCACCAGUUGAGUAAAUUUUUGGUUGUGGUUAACAGGCAAUUCUGUUCAAAGGGUCAUCAUGACAGGGAUGGAAAGAUACACCAAGGUGGAUUAUUGCUUUGCAGGGUAAUACACACUAUGGGUGGGCUUCCUGAGAACUGUUUCAUCUCAACAUCAGUGUAUUUCGAAGUUCAUAGUAAACUUCAAAUCCUAGAAAUAAAUAUUAGUAGACAAAAGGAAAAAGUAGUGCAAGUAGAGUAUUAUGCUAAUAGUGCAGAAUUCUUUCCUAUAAUAUAUUUUUUAGCGUUAGGGAUGGGGGUGCUUCAACCUACUUAAAUGUUUCUAAGCCUGGGGCUUCUACUGCUUGCCCUGGGAGAUUGUUCUAGAGUCUAUUAGAGUUCACCAUUAGAAAGUUUUUCCUGAAAAUGAAUUUAAAUAAUCCUUUUUAUAAUUUUUAUCUCAUUAGUCCCAGUUAGACCCUUUUGAGCCACUCUAAAUAGUUCCUCUAACCAUGAUUUAUAUCCUUUGAAUAUUUUUAGAUAGUUAUCAAGUUCAUUGCCUUUGGUAAUUUACUAGAGAAGCUGUGAAUCCCUCCUCAUCCCAAUUCAUUCCUUGAGUUUUGUGUUUCUUACCUUUUCAUGAAAUGUCUUUAAUAUACAAAUUAAAUCCCCUAGUAUUUCCUUAAAUGAGUCACUGUCAGUUCACUCUGUUAAGGUGUUCUGUGUUGCUGAUGUCACUGCAUAAGUUGUCAAAGUUUAAACAAUAAAUUUAAAUUGAAACUUGAUUUUUAAAAAAUCUUUUUUGUAAUCCAUGGAUAAGUUCUCAUAUGAUAUUAAUUUGGCAGUGUCUUUUAAAUGGGUAUGAUUUAACAAAGCCAACCAAUAAACACUACAGACAAGCAAACAGUAAUACAAAGUAUAAUUUGUUAAAAAUUAGGUUGCUGUCAUUAUUGUAAAAACAGACUGUCAUUCAUGGGCCCAUGGUUUUAAGGGUCCCUACACUAAACAGCAGCUAUUAACUAGUACUUUCACUUAAAGACAGAUAAUACUGCUUCUCCUCAAAUGUCAACAGAAUGCACCUGCUUUCUAAAACAAAUGCUCAAGAUUUCUAGAUAGGCACUAACUGGUACAAAGAAAUAGAAUUUUGCCAGCUCUUCUGAUAAUUGCCAUGCUGAUCCUUAUAUUGCAAAUUUAUGAUCCAUUUCUGAUCUCUGGCUGGCAUGAUGACCAUGCAGUAUAUUUUCAAUCAUUUCCCAAGCAAGCCUGUGUUUGCUGGCUCAGAAGCCACACAGGCAAACAGAGAAGAUGUACAAAGGCAGCUUUGGUCUUUUCAUUGAUGUGUUUUCUUCACCUGCUCCUGCUUCCUGUACCUGAACUCCAAACCAGAACUGGAAUACUUGUGCUGGAAGAACCACUGCAUCACUUAAAACCCAAGGGAAAUAGAAUUUGAUUUCUUCUUCAUUUGCGCUGUUUGCAAGGAUUGGAGUGAAGGGGAGAGCAGGAACACUGAGGGUUCCAGGGGUGACUUUAGGGAGUUCUCUGCUUCCCUCAGCACAUCUAUGUCCCUAGUGGGUGUAAUUUGUGCAAACCAUAUUGUAGGAAAUUAAUUGCCAGGAGUGGGUUUAGGUCACAUGAGCAAAUAAUUACUUCCUUGGCAUUGGCUGUUUGCUGUCACUGCUCUGCCCACCUUCCCAAAAUGAGCCAUGGCAUGAGGAGUACUCAAAGUCUGAUGGACAGGAGGGAAGAUGAAUGAGUCUUGGAAGGUCAGGUUGAAACACAAAAGAGAGGAAAAAGAAGACGAAUUCCUGAGCAAGGAGAUGUAAAACAUGACUUGUGAUGAGCAACAGGGCAGGAAUCAGAUACUCCCCCUGAAUAUUGCUGCAGUUUGGUGAAAGGGGUUGUUCUAGUUAGAUUUAACUAUACAGUUAUUAAACAUUUAGAUAUUACUGAGGGAGUAGGAUUUUGAAGAGCUGAGAAAUUAUCAUGUUGAAUGUAACAGCUGUGCUCUAAUUGGCUGGCAUAAUUCUAUUUCAUGUGUCAUCAUCUCUUGACAGUAAAAAUGUUAUUUCAUCUGCCUGCAAAAAUGUACAAUUUUUCCCACACAGUUCGUAAUUUGCCAGAUUGCUUCUGUGUUAGUGCAUUGGUUCUUGUUAAGGAGCAGUAACUGCAGUUGGCAGCAUGGAUUUUGUAGCUUGGGAUCGCUUCCUAGCUGUCCAAAUUCUGUGUAGUUGAGGCCACUUCUAUGGAUAAUGAAAACUAUACCAGAGAAGGGAUUAAAUAAACAUAUGCUGUAUGGUUGUACAUACAAUGGUUGUACUCCGUAAAUGUGUCUCAAACCAACAGACUGUUCAGCCCAGGAAAAAUGCUCUUACAUGAAAUAUCUUGUAGUUUAUGUGAAACAACCAUAAACCGUAUCUUGAAAUGUCUUGUUGCAGAUGUUAAAUGCAUAUCUGAAAGCAUGAAUCUACACAAUUUAUGCAGUACAAUGAAUUAAAUGACUAUAUGCAAAUGAAAAUAUUAAUAUGAAAUGAUUUUUUUUAAACAUAUAUGAAUCAGCUCUUUAAAAAAAAAAGAAAACCCAACCCUUUCUUAAUGAAAAUGUACGGUAAACUUUGACACACAGUAUAGUACACAAACCCUAACUUUACACAGAGAAAGAAGUUGUACAAAAGCUCCUCCAUGGCAUAGUGGCGUACUUCAUAAAAGCCAUGUCAAUUUUCACAGUCAUUUAUGAAUUCAAAAUUUUAGUAUCCAUAUGUUUUCCACAGGACUGAUUAAAUUCAUAUUCCAAAUAGGUCUGUUAUUUUAAAAUUUGUUCUGUACAUCCAUACAUGUAUAAAACCAAAGUCAUUUUUGUGAUCACUACAGCACUUUCUGUGAAUUGGCCAAUAAAUAUAAUUUUAGAAUUUCACAUAAAAAUAA